GGCUCCCUCCACUCAGAGAUAUCCCCAGCCUUUGCCUGAGUAGUAUUUCCGGACUGAGCCACCAUGAAUCUCUUUGCCAUUACGCUGGCCUUGGCUGUCUUUAUAGGGUCAUGGGACUCUGUCCUCAGCGAUGAGCCAGUUUCCAAGUUGAAGCAAUUAAAGCAGAACAUUCGGAAAUACGUUGACGACAUCGGCAGAGGCAUUGAGAAGCUAGCGAUGGUGUUCAGAAGAUCGAAUCUUGGCCGCGGGAUGAUACGCUACGCUGAAGAAAGCUAUUCAAACAUCAGCAGGCAUCUUUGGAAGCUUGAGGUCAACUUGCCCAGCGAGGUCAGACAAACCAUUCGGCUGGUUUUCGACAUCCCAAAGGAAGUUGCAAUGCAGGCAAUGUUCUCAUAUUCAAAAGUCCCCGAUAGGCUGAAGCCUGUCAUGGAAGAGGUCUAUGAGAUGCUGGAACCUGUUGUGAGUCCCUAUGCCAAACCAGUGGUGGAUCAGGUGAGAACAUACGCUGAUGCUCUCCGUACCAAAAUAGAGGAAUUAAACAAAAACCAGAAGGACAAACUGAAACUGCAAGUAGAAGAGCUGGAAACAAAGGUGGGCCCUUACACCAAGAACGUUCAGAACCAGUUGCGAAAAUUGUGGGUAGCGUUGCAGCCCUCGGCGGAUAAGGUGCACGAGAGGUUCAAAGAAGACGUGGAGAGUGCUACCAACUCCCUGAAGCCUUACGUGGGCCCAGUUCUGGAGAAACUUGGAGAACACCAUCAGGACUUCAAGAACUGGGUCAUCAACCUUAUUUUUCCAUUAUUUACCUAGAACCCAGCCAACCUCAUUAUGUCUGCAUCAGAGGACACGAGGGCUUGAUAUACUGCCUCUUCAAUUCCUGAGUGGGGUGGGUUAGAGCAUAUCUGUAAACCUCGCUCAGAUCAUGGAAUAAAAAGAUAUCCCUAAGGGGAAGGGGUUCUGUUUA